GUAUCUGUCUUUUGUUUAUUCAGAUCAGUUCAUACAGCGUUCAGACAAGGUCUCGGUGUAGCAGCUACUGUAUGAACCAAUAAACUGUGAAUUACUAGGAUGAGAGACCAUUUGAAUAGAAUUUAUCACUUUUAGGCACAUGUGAUGAUCUAAAGAGCAGAAUAUUCUGGUUAUUGUGAUAGUAAUCCCUCUAACUACAAGGACUAAUUAAGUCUAUGAACAUUCAUACAGUAUAUAAAUGAAUAUGAUCUUUUUAGUCCCUGAGAUCUGCAGUCUGGUGCUGCAGCCAAACAUUAUUUUUAACUACUUAUCAAAAUACCUGUCUCUAUUUACCAAAGCCCAAUGUUUCAAAUUAUUCAUUUUGUCCCAAUAAUGAUUUAAAAGCCACAAGAUAUUUAAUUUGUAGAGAUGUAAAUAAGGAAAAGCAGCAAGUACAAGCAGUUUUAGAACCUUGGAUCAGCUUGUUUUGUUUAAUGAUUUUUACUUGCUUGGUUAAUCGAUUAUCAAAAUUGUUGCCAAUUAAUUUUCUAACCUCUGAAAAUGUUAUUAACUGACAAACAUUAUAUAAAAACAAAAUAUAUUUCCCUUACAAAUCUUGUCCUAAAAGCUUAUAAGUUAGAUAUGUUAAAUUUCUGUAUCCGGCAUCUGUCUUUGCAGCACUUGACAAUGCAGAUGUGGAACCAGAUUUUGACUAAUCACACAGAACUCCACUGAUUUACUCAAUGCUGAUGUUACAUUGGUCGGUCACGUCCAAGAGAAACUUGCCAAGGGCCUUCGUUGAGGCCCAGCAGCCUAUCGAUAAGGCCCCUUUUAAAAGCCAUUUCAUCAGUCCCUCAGAGGCAGCCGGAGACAUGAGGGGAACCAACGUGUUUGUCCCAACCUGGGGAGUCACAAGUAAAGGUAGACUGAGGGCCACACCACCUAGGGCCCCUAACGCAUUCCCAGCAAACAGACACACCAUGAGGCAGCAGGAGAGAGAGGACAGGCCCAGGCAGCAGGUCAUCAUAGAGAGAGCGUCUGCCGAGAGCCAGUCGCACAGUCCCAGCAGCAGACAGGAGCCACACAGGAGGAUAUGUGCCGUGUUGUGGUCUUGGCUGAGCCACAGGAAGUCAAAGGAGACCAGCGCUGGGGCCAGAAGCUCACCAGCCCACUCUGCUUCUCUCUGGAGGACGAUCAGCUGUGAGCUGGACGGCUGCAGGACGCAGACUGCUGCAGAGAGUCCAAGCAGGAAAAGGCUGACUGACGGAGCUCUGUGGUCCUGCAGAGACAGAAGAAAAAGUGAUGUCCGCUCGCUGAGUCUCCCGGGGACAUAUGAGGAGAAGAUCAGACAUCUGGGAAAUGCUCUGAACAACUUCGUCCGUCUCAAGUCUCUGGAUCUGUCCUGCAAUGCUCUCGUCUCUGUUGAGGGAGUGCAACACUUGAAAUCGCUGGAGAGGCUGAUCCUGUACUAUAACUGCAUACCCUCCCUUGAAGAGGUGAAAGUUCUGUAUGAGCUAACAUCUUUGAGAGAGCUGGACCUCCGACUCAACCCUCUGACCAAACGUUACCCAAACUACCGUCCUUACGUGGUGCAUGCCAUGCCCAAUCUAUGCAAGCUCGAUAGCUGUUCAGUCAGAGACACUGAGCGCAAAGCUGCCAUAAUGCAGUUCUCCUCUGACAUUUUACCUACCCCUAACCCAAAGGCCUCUGGUCAAAGUCAGGGUGAAAACAAAAGAAGCAGCGAUGCGAGACUGGCUCUAGUUAACCGCUUGACCAAGAGGCUCUCUCUCCUGACUGAACCCGAUGAUAUUGUAUUAAACUUUGUGGAGAUGAAUCCUGGAGACCAAAGGGAAACUAUCUCUAACUCUGUUCACAAGGAGGCAGAAAAACCUACAGAUGAAGAACCAAAAGAUUUUACAGAACAGUGGAGCUCAACUCCAAAACUGGAAACCGCUAAAUCCAUCCUGAGGUUUCCCCCCACAAAACAUGAUAACACCGGGUCCAAAAUGCCACUUGUGAAAGAUCCAGCUACUAAAAAAAGUUCUACCUCAUCAAAAAUGACUGAAAGACCAAAGGUGUCCUUCGGACCCUAUGUAGAGAAACGCAGACCUGCACCUGGAAAACAGGAGGAUUUCCCCAAACAAACCAGACAUGUGGCCAAGGGACAUUUCACCCCCAAUCCUGAUCAAAGUCAGCAUCUUUGUUCUUCAUUUGUUAACAUCCGACCUCCCAGUCCACAUCGUCCUGGUUUGAAUCUGUCUGACCCCUCUAACCCCAUCUUACAUCCUCCAAGACUGACCUACUCUAGCUUCAACAAGACAGAAGGGGGCUCUAGCUCGCUGCAGCAAGAGGAAAUGAGUAAAAAGGGUAGUUACAGGAAACCCCUAGAGAUGCUUCUCAAUCUUGUGGACAAACACUGGAAAGGAGAGAGGUCACUGCAUCAAAACAACAACUUCCUGUCUCAGGCAGUCCAGAUCCUCUCUAUGAUGGAAAACGAUAUUUCAAGUCGGGAGGCUGAGGUCAGGACCUUAAGACGGGAAGCUGGCGCACUGAGCUUCCAAGUGGCUGCACGAGAGGAAGAGCACAAAACUGAAGUCCGUAACCUCUCUGCUCAGCUGGAGGAAACUCGCUCUGCAGUUGGCAAACUCAAUGAGCAGCUGAGGAUUGUCUUGGAGGAAAACGUCGCUCUACAGAAACAGCUCAUCAAGUUAGAGCGACAGUAUCUCAAGUCUAUGAUGAAAAGUUCACCUGUUACUCAGAUUAAAGAGGCUCAGACAGAAGUGGAGGAGCUGAGGAAAGAGAUUGUUGGGCUGAGGGAGAAAGUGCACGAGGCUGAGAAAGUCAAGGAAUCGUCAGAUAUACUGCAAGAAAGCCAGGUCCCUGGUGGCUACCACUGAAGGUUUGCUAGCUGAGCUGAAAGGAAGGGAGGAAUGUUAAAGAAGCAUUCGAAUGAGGAGAUACACGGGUAUGAAAAUAUGUGUCAUUGCAGUAACUGCAUGAGGCCCGGCAGCAAAAAAAGAGUGUUUUUGAUUCAUUUUUAAUUUAUUUAUUGUCCUUUCAAUGUACAUUUCAUUUUUGAUUGUAGCAAGUUUACAGCUGAUUCCAUAAAUGUUUAUUAUUUCCAGAAAAUAUGUAUAGAGUGUGUUUGCUUAAUGGAAACAAUGACAGGAAAAGGCAAUUCAUUCAAGCAUGGUUGUGCAUAAUACUGUGACAAGGCCGCAACUCUAACAAAUGAUUUAAGAGGAAAAAAUGUUAGAGAGAAGGUCACGAUGUACUUCCUGGAUCAGUAGCAAGAUUGCGUCUCUCUUGGCAGUUUUUUUUAAUGUUUUUAGGUCAGUUGUGUCUCCAUCUGCUUUGUACACUGCAGUGGAAUGAAUGCAUCUAGAUUCCAGCUGCACUGUGACUUUAUUUAUACCUCUGCCUUAGGGCUGGAGAACUACGCACACAUGCACUUUUCUCUGGCAGACGCUAAUGCAGGUCCUGGCAAAUCAGGUUAGACUGUGGACUCUGCAUAAACUCAGCUGAAUAUAGCUUUUAUUCUCGUGUGAAUGGUACACGUCACUGGUUGGUGGAGCUUCACAGUGUUCCUGGAAAAAGCCAUAAUAAAUAUAAAACACGAUAUUUUGAAUGAUUUUUUUAUUUUCAAUAAAGCACUACAAAUCAAGAACACACAUUAAGAGGUCUAAAGAACAAGAACAAAAACACGCUGCAUGCACCAGGGCACAACAGUACAUUAAAAGUUAUCAAAUCAAAUAAGACAGUAUCGAUCCUCCACAUUAAAGGUGCACAGUAUUUGGCAUUAAGCACAGAAAACAGAUCAUACUUAAGCUACUGCAGCAGACAAAAACUAACACACCGACUGCUAGUUUUUAACUUGGUGCCUGAUUCUUCAGGAGCUGAGGCUACCGGUAGUUUGUGACGAGUGCAGCAGAAACACUGUCACUAUGCUGGAAAAAUAUUAUUCUAUAAAAGUUUAUUACCUGUUUGCAAUUUUCCCUUUAUCUCAUAGAGUAUGCAGUACGUCAGGAUCCAACAGUAAAAAAGCAUCCCUUUGUAUUUAGUUGUGAUUUGGAUGACAGUACCACACAUGAAAUGUCCUCUCAAUCUUUAUCAUUAGACAAAUAGAAUUAGUGUGGCUGACUUUGUACAUGUACAAAUUUAUACAUAUUGAUUUCAAGCAGUACAAUAUUUUAUCUGAUCUAUGACGGAGUGUUGGGGCCAUUUUGAAGAAAAAAAACGUCAUAUUUCAAGAAUAAAGUCAUAAUCGAGAGAAAAGUCAAAAUAUUACAAGAAUAAAUUCAAAAUUUAACGAGAAUUUUAUUUUAUUACGACAGUAAAGUCGCAAUAGGUUCCUCUUCUUCUUGCUCCUUAAUCUUGAACCAAUCUCAUUGUUUAUUGAGAAACAGCAACCUAUUUGAAUCUCACACAGAUGUAACCAACGACCUCACAACCGAACAUUUCCUCCUCCAUUAAAGAGGCAACUUCCUCCAAGUCUGUGGGGUUCUUUCAUCAGAAUAGUUUCUUACACAAUCUUUUCAAUGUCUUGAUACUUAUAAUGAAUUUGUUCUGAUUUGCAAAAUUAUUUAAUAUUUUGCUAUUUGUGAAUGUACUAAACAAGAUGCUCCACAUUCCUCCUUUUAACACAGGCAACAGGCCGAUCUUCUAAUAUUCUCUGCCUGAGAUUAUGAUUUUUUUCUCAUAAAAUUAUGACUUUAUUCUUGUAAUAAAAUGAAUGUAUUCUUAAAAUCGGUUCUCUUGUAUUUCCCCUUUAAGUGGCCCUAAUACUCCAUCAUAAUGAUCUCACAAUGUCAUCCCUUAAUAUAUUUUUUAGCUAGAAAAAAAUUAAGUCUGUCCAGUAGUCUGUCUUCACAGCAGGCACAGCAGUUAAGAUAAGAUAUGACAAACUCCUACUGUCAUCUAUAUGCAUCUGAAUCAUAUGCAAUAUACAGAACAUGCACAAAGUACAGCAAUACAGGAAAAAAAUACAAAGCCAGUGUCAUAAAUUAAGCCAUGUGGCUUUAACGUUUUAGAAUAUACACAAUCUUACCACAAAUAUAUUAGAACUACUGUAUAGAAAUCUAAUUGAGGGAGUAACAAUAUAAGAGAAAAUACAAUCUUGUACAACCGAGCUCAUCUACUGUGGUUAGAGCUUCCUUCAACUGGAUUCACCAAUUUAAUACUUGACAUGCAUGUUAGCCAAACUGUUUGUUUGGUGAAUGAACUCUGAUUUACAAAACUGGCAAAAAACUUUUUGUUCAAACAGUUAAAAACAGGCCCUUUUUGUUUUUUGUGCUUUUGUUGUAUUCACGGAAGAAAACCAAUCUGUCAUAAUCUUAAUUUAAAGAUGGUUGAGAAAGCUUUUAUAAUACUGUAUCUGUCUUGGUCUGACCUCAAGGCAAAUUAUUCAGAUGACAAUGUGAGCUUGUGUAAUGAAAUUAAAUGAACAGUAGAUUUUACAGACGGUUGACAAGAGGGGAGGGCAGACAAAGGAUUAAGAGGGGAUGGAAUCAACAAUAGAAGUUUUUCAAAAGUAAUAACAAAA